AAACAAAUAUGGCGAGCGACGAAGAAGUCGUUCGGUGGAGUAGUGUUGUUGGGGAAUACGGAGUUUUGCUGACCGAGAUGGGUUCUAUGGAGGAUCUGUGUACCCCUAUAAAGGCUUAUCCCAGAAUAAAGGUGGGAGUAAAUGACAAUUAUUGAUUUUUUUAGCUUUAGUUGCGCAGAUGUUUUUCAAAUUCCAAGGAAACUUGUUACCUUGUGUAGCUUCUAGCUUACUAUGAAGUCGUGCGAGGUUUGGCACAAAAUAGUCUCCGAACAAUAAUUCCAAUCGAUCCUUUGAGAAAACUCCGAAGAGCUAUCCUGUUGAUACACCACUGAAUAGCGAAGAACUUAAUUUUAUUAAUGGAUAAUGGCUGUUCGGUACGUGUAGAUUCUGCAUGUGCCGUUGCAAGAAACAGUACAGCUCAUUAUGAGACUUAACUGUCUGUUUCCUUUUUGUCUUUUACAUUUAUUAUUCCGUUUAGAUAUUUAGGCGAGUAAUAUAUUUACUAAUUGUCUGUUUCCUUGAGCAGCAUUCACAGUUUGUGCCUCGGGACAUGGUGCUGGAGUACGGUUACUUACUGGGCACUAAUGUGAACACGCCCUUUUUUUCAAGUGCCCACGCUAGUACUUGGUAAGGUGCCAGUGCCCUAGUUCAAGAGCCUUGUCCGCGGGCACUAAAGUUGGCACCCGGUCCUUGCGUGCUCAUUGUUGUUUUAGCUUUGGGGCAGUCCACUGCAUUGUACUCGCUGCUAAGCUCAUGUUUCUAAAUGGUGUUUGACAGGGCGAAAUGGAGUAACUAUGUACACAGUCUCAUAUCCAGUACUCACGGUGUGAACACAACACCAUUUUGUGCCGGUACCCUGGUACUGCUUCCAAGGCACCAAGUGGGAACAUGCAGCCCCUUAGAAUUGUUUCAUGUGAUCUGUGCUGGCAAAUGUGGAGCUGGCCCUCAGCCUUUGAAAAAGAAUAAUUAUAAUACAGAUGAACCCUUAUGGCUGACCAACUCUCAUUAGUGACUUUUCCCAGUCACAAGAUAAUAAGAACCUCUCGCAAACAACUACCUCUGAUAAGCGAUUGUCACCACUAUUUAGCCUGUUAUUUUUGUAGUUGCCAUUGUUCUUCACCUCUUGUGAGUGACCACUUGAUGCAUGAUGUGGUCUCUUUGUUCGCUGUUUUAAUACCACACUACUACAGAGCAUACAAAGAACUUCACAUUGCAUGCAAAAAAUUAUCUUCCAAAAAGUAGAUACACAGUAUGUCAAGACCUUUUCUUGACUGAGACUCUUGUCAGGGCUUCUGAUAUUUCGCGCGGUUUUGAGAGCUGUCAAUUAUUGAUGACAACAGUAGUGAUGUGCAAUCAGCUUCCUCCUGGGCUCCCAAAGUAGCUAAAAAGUGUGAGAGUAAACAUCGGUAUGCCUGUGGUGCGGACAGACGGUCGGUCGGUCAUGUGAUUACCAGAUUUUCUGAGAUGGGUAGAUUACCUUAGCUAUGGGGCUUAUUAUCCCGGGAUGUAUGUUGUGGUUUUAACAAUCACCAUGCAAUAGUUGAAACUAGACCUGUAAAGUACAGUAUGUGGUCUUGAUUCUUGUAGUACACCUGUAUGACAGUCUCCAGGAAAUAUGUGGCAAUGGGAUCCAGCACUGGAGGGCUUUAUGUAUUUGACAGGAAGACACUUCAUCAUCCCAGGUUCAUAAGUAACAAGGUAUGUUCACAGUGUCAGACUAUGCUGUUAGGGAAAUUGUAGAGAGGAAAGACUCUUUGAACCUAUGAAAUCCAGGGUGUACGGCAGACAAAUUUUUGUGCAUUUAAUAAAACUUCCUUUAGUUAAUUGCCACUUUAGGGUAAAGUAAGUCACCAGGCUGGGGAUCAGCUGAUACUGUGAGAUUACAUCCCCACAGACUACUUAAAUAUGUGCAGUGUUGGUGCAUUAGCUCAUUCCAGCAGGUCUUUCCUUUGCAAAUGACAGGGUUGAUGUUGUCAUUCCCUUGAAUUACAGACAUAUCUGCGUAAAUUAUACUGUACUCCCUCAAGUACUUGCCUUACUUUAAAAAUUAGAUACCAAAUUGAAAAUGCCUAAGAAAAUCUGUGUUCUGUUAUUUUUUGUGAUUAUUGUUAUCUGUUGUGAUUAGAGAAAAUUAAAAGAAAAGUUUAUAUAAUAAUUACAGGGUGCAUCUUUCAGUGCUGUUCAAAAUGGAUUUCACCUAGAGCUCUGGUGGAUUAGCUUAAGUUAUUUCCCGUAAUUUGCAUAUUUUUUGUUUGGUAGGAUGGUCCAGUACAUGCAGUUUGCUUUGCACAACAUCGCAGUCUUUUAGCAGUAGCAACCAGGUAGAUUGUAAAUUUUGUUAGCUUUGAGGGGAAUAAUAAUAAUAAUUAUUGUUAUUAUUAUUUUUUUUAAUCCUAAACUGUGUGUCUUUUACUUUUUUCUGCUAAGUGUUGGUAUUGUCCUGGUAUGGGAAGUCAGUGCAAGACACAGAGAGAAACCAAAGGUCUGUCAGAUACAGUGUAAUUUAUAUGGCAUUAAAGUAAUACAUGCAUUAUUAUGAUUUGUGUGGUUAGUUGUAUUCUAUAAAUUUGUAACAUGAAGAUUAGAGGAUACAAUAGUGAAACCCCUAUUAAGCGGACCCCCAAUUAAGCAGACACCCUCUAUUAAGUGGACACUAAGCCAGUCCUGAAACUAAUGUGUGAUAUUUCCCUUUAUAACAAACCCCUAUUCAGCGAACACCUCUAUUAAGCGGACAUGGACACUAAGAUAAGUUGUAUUUGGCUAGUUUCUAUUGUUAAAAAUGUCUAUUAAGUGGACAGGGGACUGAAUUGACAAUAGAAGUAUUGGAUUACGUCCUUGAAAUACUGUACGUAUUGAAGUCAAUUAAUGUUUUUGCAUUUACAAAUAAAGUAAAGUUGGUAAUGAAAGGUAAUGAACUUGAACUCUGGACAGCUUCUUUAACAACAUGCAACUUUAUCACAGUACAGAGAAACCGUUGAAUGUUGAUCGUUAACAAACAUUGUGCAACCUCUAUUAAGCAAACAUCCUCUAUUAAGCGGACACUUGGGAAGGUUCCGAAGGUGUCCGCUUAAUAGAGGUUUCUUAUUUUAAGUGCAUUUUCUAGUUAAGGACAAUGAAAUAAGUACUUUUACUGGGUAUUACCACUGAGUAUUGGUGACCAGGUGUGGAUGUUUGACUAUACAGUCAAGCCUCUACUAAUGGUCACCUUUCCACAGCAUGGCUUACUAUUUUUUCCUGGCAGACAAUCCAUACAUGUACAUGUAUUCACUCUUAUGUUAACCAUUCUACAGAGGCCACCCCUGUACACUAACAACAGCAACUUAAGUGUGUCCACACAGAGAUCUAUCUUUGUGACAAUAGGACAAUCUGGCAUGACUUUUGGAGGGCAUAUAGUUAUUAAUUUUGUGGCCUGAGUAGCAUCAUUUUGUGCCCAAGUGGAGCAUCGGGUGCAAAUGAUGGUACAAGGGACACAAAUAAACUAUAUGCACGACAAAUCAUGUGUUUAUCAUUAUUAUCAAUACACAAAGCCAAAUCGUACAAAUUUAUUUCAUAAGGAAAGAUUGUCAACAUGAAAUCAUGUUGCAGGCUGCAAAUUCCAUUUACAGCCUGCACGUUGCCGUUUGGCCUGUGAAAAGGAGCAUUUUAGAGAGGGCAGUUUGUCAUUUGGCUACGUGUAGUGAUAGUAAUGGCCAAUGGCAAUACUUCCCUUCAGUGGAAUGAGUUGUCUAAUAGUUUCCACUACGCUUAUUACGUAGCUUAUCCGUCGAUCAGAAGAACACAAAAAUAGUACUGUCACUGCACUGUGCUGGGAUGAUGAGGAGGGUCGUCUUUUUGCUGGUGACUCAAAGGGUGUAGUCAGUGUUGUACAUGUCCCCCCAGCUAACAAGGUAAUCUUCCUUUUCGUUUGUCGACUGGCACAAUAGUGUUGCACUUUUUAGAAAUUCCAAAGGCAUUGUUGAGUUUUGAAUGUUGAUUAGUUUAGAAUGUAUUAGGCUCUUUGCAUGACUUGAUCACGUGAUCAACUUUCAGUCAACACGAAAACAGUUCACUUUUGAAAAUUUUUGUUAGCACAAGCUUAAAGAGCAUAUUAAAAUUAGGUAACCUGCGAAUUUUCAGCCAUAUAUCUAAAAAGUAGCAAUUGCAACGGCCGCCGAAAGUUGGAAGCAUUUGUAUGAGAAAAACAACUUUUGCCAUCCAGUCACGCUUUCAAUGGUUUUCCAUACAAAUCCUUGUAAUUUUCAAAUUUUCAAAACUGUCAUGAAAUAUUUCCUUAAGCAUUACCGGGCUCGGAUCUCCUUUUAAUUUAUAAAUGCAAUUUGAGCCCUUAAAUGCGUAAAGGAAAGAUUUAAAGACAGUUUAAAAAUUUGAGAAUUUACAAAGAUUUGUAUGGAAGUCUGAUCUGUCAAAUACAUAUAAUUGUACUUGAAAGAGUGCUUUUUGGUAAUAUGUUCCUUAUGAUAGCCAUCAAAAGUUCGAAGUGCCCUUAUAAAUAAUCAUUCACCAAGAAUAAAGUACCAGAAAUAUGGAUAACCCCAGCCAACACGAAGCACUUUCUUGAUAUGAUGAGAUUAAUGCUUUCAAUUCUGGACAACACAACAGUGCAGGUGAACUAACAGCAAUUUUUGGUAAAAGCUGUUGUGGAGUAUGUCCCUGGAAGUCUACUGGAGAAGAUAAAGAUAACUAAAUGUUAUAAUUUAUUGCAUAUCAAAAACUUUCAAAUGAUCUGAACAGUAUUGUUUUCUUUUCAGUCAUCUUAUUCUGUAAACAAAAGCCUACCUCUUCUUCACAACACCAGCAUUGUAGCAAAGGCACACACUGGAAUUGUCCAGUUGGAUUGUGCUGGUGAUAAGCUUCUGGUGUCAACUAUGAGCAAGAGUGCUGUUGUGGAUUUAAAAAGGUUUGUUUCUCAGCUUAGCAUCAAAGAAAAACUGCAAAUGCCACUUUUCUUACUGCAGGUUCACCAUAGUUACUGUGAAAGUUGGCAAAAAUGUGAACGCCAAAAUUUUGUAUGGUCUGGAUUGUUAUUUUGUUGUAAGCAGAAAGCCAAUAAGGCAUGAGAAAACUAAACCAAAAACAAGAACUUUAAUUACAGGGUAGCUUGUAGUUUUGUUGUUUGCUUGCGUGUCCUGAGUUUAGUAAUAUAAUAUUGUGAUUUGUCACUACACAUUCAAUCAACGUUCCUGAAAUUUUACAGGUGUUCAUGGUUUUUGGAGAUUGACAACAAAUCUGUCAGCAGAAUCUAAAAAUUGAAUUUAUUUCACUGUCAGUGAUAUUGCUUACUGAAAUCUAGCCUAAUUAUUGUUUUAGUUGAUUUAAUUGAUGUUGAGAUGAACUUCUUCUGAGGUAUGGUGGUUCAUCAGCUGCCCAGGCAACUAAACUACACAAGCAUAGUGUAUCUACAGAUUGCAUAGAGACUGACGAUGAUAAUUAUCUAUUUUUAAUUAAUUUUAUUAAGAACUUUAUCUUUCGCUUACGAAAGCGCCAUGCUGAAACUCGAAAAGAGAGGAGAAAAUGGGGCGAGUCAAGGGUUAUUAUUUUUGCUCUCCCUAAUCUUCCUCGGUCAUAACAUCAAAGAUGGCAGUUUCAGCAGUACGAAUAUAAACAACCAGCUUUCGCCUGCCCAAAAUACGUCUGCACUGCAGGCUACAUAAUAUAAGAUUAGGAUAAUCAAGCUAUCUAACAAAACUGUGGUUGGGAUCCUAUUAAUUUAGUUAAGAAUGCAUAUGAUACUUAGUGAAUGUUUUUGUGAGAAAAUUUAGUCCGUGGAUUGUACCUUGGGGUCUGCUAUUUAUGAGUUUUGUUUGAGCCAUAAUUUGACAAAACACUUCAUUCCUCAUUUCUCUAGCCAGUUCUUAUAGUGAAAGUAUAUGUAAACUAUGUAGUGUAUACAAGUACUGUAGUGGAGUGUAAUGCACUAAUGUUUACUCUUACGAUGGAUGUAUUAGUUAAGGGCAGAGGGGGCAUGAGGCCUGAUGGUCAUCAGUUUAACCCCUAGAAGAAGUUUGAUUGUUUUGUUAACAGAAACAAACAACAACAACAACAAACCUUAUGUAAUCUAUUAUUCUUGUUUAUCUUUUAGUCUGGAUUGCGUGGCUGUUGGUGUGAAGCUUAGGUGGGUCCUGAUAGUGCCACUUUUUUGCGAAAGCAAAUCAUUGAAACUUAAGAUCGCAACAAGACAGUCUAUAUCUUGAACUGCAUUAAGAUUUUGCUACAUCGUCAUGGAGAUCCCAUUAUGUAGACUACUAGCAGUCAUUUACAAGGUUUUGCUCUUUCAGGGAUGGUUUCUUUGGUAGCUGUUUCUUAAAGGAGAGUACUUCAGACAAUCCUACCAUUUACUCAGCUCGACCUGGAUCAAGGCUGUGGGAGGUGAGUCUACUUCCCUAAAACGUUUUUGUUUAAUUCGAUUGAAAUAGAGGAUAUACCAUGCAAAUGUAAGAUACGAAGGAAGACGCCGGGCAGCUGGUUCUGCUAAACCUCAAGUACGGCUAGAAUUUUUGGGGAGAGAGAAGGGAGAAAUCGCUUACAUUUAGAAAGAAACAAAAGGACGUUGGGAGCUAGGAAAAUCAAAAAAUGAUGGGAAGCGGAGCGGAAGAGUUUAAGUAGGCUUGGCAUCGAGAGAGAUCGGAUACUUAGUAGUUACUGGAUUCGGCUUUCGUAUGAUGAUCGUGCGAAAGCCGAAUCCUCUCUGUUAAAUUUUGUUUCUGUUUAGUUCUUGCUUUCAUUUGUCUGUUCGUUUAGUCUAGCCGAAUUCUUUAAAUAGCCACUUAAAUAGCAGUUGUCAUCCACUGUGUUGUAUUUUGCUUAGUUCAGCCAUUUCUUCUUCGCAAAACGUGAAAAAUUUGCAGCCAUUUUCUCCUGGUCUACCAAGACACUGAGCAAACGCCUCCUCGUCCCCAGUGCUUUUCGGUUACCGUCGCUUUUACUAUUGACGUAAUUUUACCGGAUGCCGCAAACGUCUUACUUAACCCAUUCGCUCUUUUUUUUUUGCUGAAAAACGCUUUUUGAAGCUAACGGAGCCAUUUACCGGUCACUGUAUGGCUAUGAAAAGCAAAAACUUCUUUUGCUACUUCUUUUUCACUACGUGUUGUUAUUUCCUUUUUACAGGCCAGCACUGAUGGUCAAGUCAUGUCCACUCAGCAGUACAAGAAAUCAUUAGCAACUCCACCAGUCACCAUUUUGGGACAUGGGUGAGUUAGAAAUGUUUGUAGCCUGGGUAGAAUGGCGGUUGUGGUCGGGCGCGCAAACAAACCAAGCUGGGCGAGGGCAGAGAAACUGAGAGGAGACUGGGUCGCGCGCGCUUUUGUGGCUUCGCCCGCUCAGUAGUGCGCCCGACAUAACCGCCAUGCUACGCAGGUUAAAAUGCUUGGCAAGUAUGUUACAUUCAUUUUUCUUAAAAUUUGGUUUAACAGUAGGCGAGAUCGACCUUUUACAAUAAAAACACAAUGCACAGGCUAUUUUUUUGCGGCGUCCCCAGAGAUAAUACGCGUAGUUGCAUAUACCUAGUUAAACAAAAGUUGCUUUGACAAUUGGGCGUUUGCAAAAAGCGAACUGGUUGCAAUGAUCUGCCUGAGCAAGCGCCAAGCAAUAGCUUGCCUCUGCACAAUUCGUUUAUCCAAAGCAACCUUUAUUGAAUAAGCUACGUACAAGUACAACUCACUUUUACUCUGAAGAUGACGAUCACCGCACAAGUUGAAUAACCGUCGAUCAGAUUCUUGCGUCCACAGUAGUCUUAUUCAAGACUGCACCAACCUGGAUCGACAAUCGUAUUUCACCUACAUGUGCUUAUUAUGAAAUGUCACGUUCAUAUCCUUAACAGUACAUUUUACUAUGGAUCAGUGAUUUUCCACUAACUGAGCAUUUUGUUUUGCAGGCGCAGUGCUGCUGAGCCAGUAGCAGAGGGAGAUUUUCCACCUCAAUCUGUUAAUUUUGCCAAGUUGCUGCUUGUCAGGUAUAAGGCUACAUUCCUAUUUAUCCAUUGUGUCAGGGUUUUCGGUAGCAUUUGGAAUUACUGAAUGCAGAGGUUCAGCUGGCGGACUUGCACCGAUGCACCUUGCUAGUUGUAAAUUGAGUGAUUUAUAUGUGAAAUAGGUAAACCUCUUCUUACCAACAUCUCCACUCUGUGGACACUUCUCCGUUAGGGACAGUUUUGUAAGUACACAUUUUAUUCCCCGAAAUGGGGGUUUAAUACCAACACGCGCAACGCCAAGGUAUAUGUCUACCGCUAUCAGGGUUGUUAGUAAGAUUUCAUGUUCCCGGGUACAUGUUCAAUUUGUAGGCGAGGAAUUGAAAAUUAUUUUUCCGUUUGUUUCCUAUGAAAGUAGCCAGGGGACAUGCUCAUAGUAGCCGGGGGAGAUCCCUGGCGCACAGCCUUCAGUGACAGCCCUGGCUAUGCUCAGACCACGCGGAGGAUAAUUGUUUUAUCAUUUACGUCGGACAAACAAAAAAUAAAAAUAUGGUCGAACUCAAUCAAGGAGGUAUUACGCGAUUUAAAUGAUAAUUCUUGUCCUGACGCAGGAUUCGCAAGUAAACUGUUUAUGCAUGGUUCAAUUUGACCUCUUUCCAUCCCCGCUCCGGCAACCUCCGAGACAAGUCUAGCCCCACGGGCCCGGGAGUGGGGAAUUGUUUGAAGCGGUCCUGUCCCGGGAGUAGUGGGGUGGGACAAAACUAUCUUCUCUUUGAUUUUGCGGAGUAAGUGCCAUUUUUCGCCGCUCGAAAAUUGUCAUUUUUCCGUCGCGGCUUCGCUGCAAGAAAGUAGACCGGACACAAGCACCAGGAUCCCGCCAGCUACGCAGGCUAAUAAAGUCUGUAUUUGAAGGUGCGUUUUCAAAUUUCAAGCGAAUGUGCGUAUGAUGCCUACUCGAAUAGAUUUUUUUUUUGCAAGAAUGAUCAGCCUAGCUUUAAUAAUAAGACAACUUAAAUAGACUGUACAUGAAAACGGAUACAAGGCUUUUAAUGUAUGUAGAUAAACAGAGAUUCAGUCCAGUGUUCUUUAAUAUGUAGUGUUCUACAGUUUUUUUUUUCUUCCUUUUUCGUUUUAAUUACAUUAUGACAUGUAUUAUCCUUCUCUCAUGAUUUUUAGAAAACGUUUAUAAAAGUUAAGAAAGCGUCUGGUUUUGCUAUUGUACGGAAAUCAAUAUUGCUCUUAAAAAGAUGGGGGCAGGGGGGGGAUGGUCUCUUUCUGCAUGCCUGGGGGUGGGGAACAGACCACCAAGAAAGAAAAAACUUGCAAAUCCCCGGGGGUAUUCCCGAGGGGAUGGUUACAGGCCAAUUUUAACCAUGUAUUACCGCCAAGUUUUUACUCCAAAAUUUUCAUUUCGUUGACUCAACAAUUCACAUGCGCUCACGGUCGACUUUAUUCAUCUUCAAAGUGACAGGUUUUGGUUUCAACUUUGCUUGAACAUGGUGUCCGACCUCAGUUAUGAUUUCGUCAGACAUGGACCAAUCUUAGUGAUCCGUGGCAUGCGAUCGGCAGACGUAUUUCCCGUCGUCGCUUCUCUCCCUCCGAAAAUUAAUUUUCGGAGGGAGAGAAGCGACGACCGGAAAUAUGUCUGCCGUUCGCAGGCUAAGUGAUCCGUGACCAACUGUUAAAAUGCCUGAAAUGCGUGCAAUUCUACAAUUGGUUUUGGCUUCAUUGAAUCCUAUUCCUACUCCUAUACCUAUAAUCAAUCCUAGGGCCAAUGCUUGUCAUGAGAAAGAACAAUGCUUUUUGAUAAAUUUGUGAGCGGCUUUAUAUCUUGCAUUUAUUAUUUACUGCUGACAACCCGAUGAUUAAUUGGUAAAAAUGGUAAAUAAAGUGAUAACGUUCUAUUGAAUCUUCAAUUUUCAUUAGACACUAAGAUUUAGGGGAUCCUUUUGUAUUUCACUGGAAUCAACACUAGACAUGUUUCAAGUAAAUUUUAGGCAUUUUAACCUUGUUACAUUGUGAUGAACAUAAAGGUAGCAAACGGGAAUAAUAGUAAUCAACAUAUUAAUUGAACUGGAAUAUUUUGGCUUUAUUUUUCAUAGAGAGCGAUUCAUUGUGACAUGGCUUGGAACUUCAUUGUACAUUAUCGAUCCUAUCUUAGGACGUCUGGUGGCCUGGUAUAGCUUAGACACAGGUGAUAUAAAACUUACAGCAAAUACUUUGUCUUUGUUGCUGUGAGGUAUGGUCAAUAUUGGUAUGGGUAUUGAACUUUGUGUUUUGGCGUAAGAAUUGCUUUUCCAGACAGUCUCUAAUGGUCUUUAACUGUGCUGUGUGUAAAUAACGGUCUAUGCUCUAAAGAUAUCAGUCUCUUCACUCAGGUCUAUAUAAUGCCCCCAGUGUACGGAGAAAACUUGUCCCGCCUAGAGGGGUCACUUGCCUACUAGAGCUAACCUGGCUCAAGCCAACUUUUCAUACAUGUCCCUACAAAACGAGGCAAACUGUUUACAUGAAAAUUUUGUGACUGACGGUUGGGUCACCCUCCUGUUUUUUAGAACUAAGAGCCUGUAGGUUUUAUUUAUUUUACUCUAUUUUUUUAGAGUGACAAGGCCCUAAUGAGUGAAUUGUAACUUUCUGUUGUUUGUAGAGAUACUAGACAUCUGCUGUUUUGGUGCAGAGAUUUAUGUGUAUCAUGUUGAUGGCUGUGUGAAGUGGUUCGGGCUUCUGUCUGUCAAGGAAUGUGUGUCAAAACUAUAUGAAAUGGGAGAAAUCAAACAGUGUCUAGAGGUGAGAAUUUGAUAUCACUUUCAAUUUCUUACAAUCGCUUACGUCCAAGCGAGAUAGACACUGAAAUUAAUUUUACCUUCUAUUCUCUACUCUUACUACUACAGGUGCUUCUUUACUGUAGACAUUACAUAAUUCCUGGCUCGGCAAGAGAUGUGGUUCCAAUUUCUAUGGUUACCAACCUCAGGGAGAGCUUUGUCGAGGAAAAUAGCGAGGAAGACCAGGUUUGAAUAAAGAUUGUGGUUGGUAUAGACCAAAUGAUCUUUUUUUUCUUCCCCAAGCAUCGUAACCAAGUAUCAAUAAUUGGUCUAUUCAGCUAUUUUACGUGUUGUGCUAGGCUAGCCACUGAGCUAAAAAUACAAGGUAAACAAUACUGGAAAAGUAGUCUUUGAGUGAGAAGAGAACCACAGAAAUGAACUUUUUAAGAGGUUACAACUCAUUGGUCGCAAUUAAAAAAGGGGUUUUGAAACUUAUAGUUCGGCUGAGGUGGUCAGAAUUUCGGCGUUACUUCCACAUUAACUUUUUGAACCAUCCAGCGUAAGAAAAGUGAGUAUGUACAUCAGUAUUGCUCAGUAGCCGUUUCUGAUUUGAAUGGUACACUGAAAGACUUCAUUCACCGACACACCACACCACCUCGCACAGCACAAUAUCACGGGAAAGAACUGCUCAUUGGCUUUUCUUUGAGCUGCGACAGUUUAGGAUUUUAUCCACGGACUCAAAAGUUUGAACCACCUUGCUCAGCAUAAGAAACAGUACCACAGGAAAGUACUGCUCACUGAAGCUGUCAUUUGAUGGUCACACUUUAGGAUUUCAGCAACUGACUCAAGUUAGACCAUCUUGUACAUUAAAGUAAAUAGUACCACAGGAACGUACUGCUUAGUAGGUUUCACUGAUUUGAAUGACCAUAGUUAAGGAUUUCACCCACAGUCUCAAAAGAUUGAACCACCUUGUACAGCAUAAUAAAUAGUACCAAAGGAAAGUACUGCUCGGUAGUUUUCAUUUGAAUGGUCACACCUUAGGGUUUCAUCCACGGACUCAAAAGCUUGAACCACCUUGCACAGAGUAAUAAAAAUUUUUACUACAGUAAACUAAGAAGCUAAUGAUUACUUUCAUUCGCUUACAGGAUGUUAUUUAUGAACUGCAAGAACUGGAGCGUGAAAUGGAACCGCCAACAGAAGUGAGUGAUAAUCCACCAACUUACCUUGGCAACCUAGGUUUGAUUGACAGCCCUGACACCCUAAGUACCUGCAGCGAUGCUGUGAGUGAUGAUAUAGAUGUGUUAUCCGCUGGCUCAAGAGAAUUAGAUGAAAGAAGUGAUGAUGGAGUAAUGGCUAAAGCUGGUCUUCAUAACAAAGUAAAGAAAAAGUGGAGCGCUGAUCUUUCUCUUGAGGGUAUGCUAAUAUCUGCAGCAGCAGCAGCUAAGAGGUUUACAGCCGAGCGACAGCUGGGAAUCAACAAGCUAAAAAGAACACAAUCCCCUGAUACUUCCGCGACUGGAGAUUUAGUUGCUGAGCGAAGCAUAGAACGGAACCAAGAGGCUGGGAGUCCACAGAGAAAGCUUAGCUUUGAGUCUGAGGCAUCUCAGGUUGCUGAAGGCAUGAAUGGUAAAGAAACGGUAGCUGAAGAGGAAAGUCCGCGUCUGCAGAAAAAAAUGCCCGAGCAAAGUCCAUGCCACUCUGACGACAGUGAAUCGCGACAGUCCGGAAACGAAGGUGGAGUUGUUGACGAAGAGUCCUCUGAAAAGUUAGUAAAGUAGAAAAAAAGAAACUAUCAUUUUGUAACUUACCGGUAAACGAACAGUCGAAAACGAAAGUUUUCACGCCAGUUGCAAUCUUUUGUCAAACGAUACUUUCGCAUCAAUUGAAUUCCAAAAGUAAUGGUCCAGUUUUGUUAUUUAAGACUAUAAUAUUUUAGGCAUUGAAACUGUUUCCUGUCGUCUGUCGCUACGGAUGGCAAGGAUGGACAUGGAAUGAAAGUUGUAAAAGUUGGGCCAACUUUUUCAAGUUUUAAUGCUAUACCUGCAAAAAAUCACCAAUUUGUUUGAUAUUCAGCACAGAGUUGACCUAAAACAGCCGUAUCCUCAGACUUAUCACUUUAAGAACAAACAUACAGUAUGUUAGACGUAGUUAAUCGAUAAACCGAUAAUCGAUAGUAAUCGAUAUCAAUCGCCGAUAAAUGUCGAUUUCCAACUGAUCGAUCGAUAGAAAUCGAUAAAGAAAAAAAGUUGACCUUGAUUAAUAUCGAUGAUGAUUUUUUUGUCGAUUACUACGAUUCCUAUCGACUUUGUUAAUUGAUAAUAAUCGAUAAAUUAUUUCUUCUGUGACUUCGAUUUCUAUCGAUUUCCGAUAUCAAUCGAUAUUAAUCCGAGGAUUAAAUGGAUUGAUAUCGAUGAUAUCGAUUGAUUUCCGAUAUCGAAAUUUAUCGAUUAACUACGCCUGGAGUAUGUUCAUAUCGUUUACUGUUUCCUCAGGCGAAAACUGUCGUAGUAUGGGCGCAAGAAUGAGCGUAACAGGAGGUUGAAAGUAAUAUAGGUGUCUACCUUGCGCGUACCAUUCUUGCUUGCGCCCAUAUUACAUUCCUUCGCCUAUUUCCCAGGCAAAAAUGUUUCUCACACGUAUCAAUGUUUCAACUAUCAAAAAUCAGUCAAUCAACUAAUCAAUCCUUACUUCGUUGUAAGUAGUUUGCCCCGUUGCAUAGAUACGAACAAUGUAAUAAAAUUAUUUACGGCAGGAACUCUCCACAAACCCUUUUAGGCUUAACGGAGAGGGCCCCUAUUAUUUAUAAUUGUUAAUUAUUAUUCAGUCAAAAUAUUUUCCCAAUUCUGAUUGGCUAAAAGCACACGCAUAAUUCACCAUAACCAGUUACUGAUGACCAAAUUUGGAAGAAUUUCGUGUUUAACGAGGAAAUGACGUCAAAAAUACAGCCCGUUACAGUUGUUUUGGUUGUGGAAAAAAAAAUGGCGGACAUUUCACUCGUUUCAAGAGUAAGAACUACUGCUGGAUGGCGACACUUGCUACUUGGAGAAUAUUUGCGGAGCUGGACAAACCUAAACGUACACUAUCGGCUUUUGUAGGAUAUGAAGAAUUAAGCAGAUCUCGGAGGGUGUUGGCCUCGGUGGAUAACACCCUUCUCGAUCUGUUUCAUUCUUCAUAUCCUACUCAGCCUCAUUCAUUGAUUGCUAAAUAACUCAUGUAGUGAAAAGGGACAUCGUAUUGUUACGGUUGUCAUUUUUUUUUAAAUCAUAUGUUCUUAACUUGCACUAUAAUUUGAACUGGCUGAUCUUUCUUAAUGUACGUUUUUUUAUUUGUUUUUAGAAAGGAGAAGUUGACUGCAAAAGACAAAAGAAAAAAGAAAAAGUCGAGAGUUGUAACCGUCGGUAAGUAACUGGUGUGAGUAACUUUGUUUUGUUUGUUUGUUUUUUUGGGAGGAUGGGGGGGGGGGGCGGUGGUUUGUUUUUCUCUUCUACCCUGGGUCCCAGAGAUUUUUUCUCAAGUGUGGCGGGAUGCUUCGGUAUCGGCCGCAGGCCACAACUGCGGUCAGAGGAAUCAGCGGCGAAUCUUCUAGCGCGGGCGUCUUGACCGAAACCGGAAACCACGCAUUUAACGUCUCUUGUACCCGGGGUAGGUUUGUUGUUUAAUCUUAUACUCCAGCUCUCCAGCUGUAAAUGCGACUCCCUAACUUGUUGCCGCAGUGUACUACUAGGAUAGACAAGUCAUUUCACUUUUGUAAACGCAUUCUUUCGUUUUCCGCUCCCGUUCACGGGUGAGUGAUACAAAAGGUUCUCGUAAACUGAAUUUUUGAAUGAAUGAUCUUCAGAGUAGAUAAUUGACUUUGUAAAGGGCUACUCCCUCUUCCACAGAGGCUCCCGCCGGGUAAUCCAGUAAGAUAGAAUACAGUCGAACCUCUCUACAACAGCCAUCUUGGGGACAGAAGAAAGUGGCCGUUAUGGGGAGGAAGGGGUGUAACAUGACAAUUUUUUUAGGGAGUACAACAUGUUUACUGUGCUGAGUUCAUGCUUACUGUAUCCUAUAAUAACAAUCCAAUCAUAUAAAAAAUAUAUAGAGAUAAAAAUACACGAUAAAACUUGAAUAGUGUUUUGAAUCAAAAUGUUAAUGUGACGUAAUAUAUUAAGUACGAGACGCAGUGCUUCAUCACCAGAUGAAACACUGGGAAGAGAGUUGAAAAUACGACGCGCAGCGGAGUAUUUUUGACGAACUUCAAGGCGUUUCAUCUGGUGAUGAGUCACUUUGUCAAAUGCUUGAUAUUACUUCUCAAACAAAAUGAUUUUAGAAGGGGAAAUUAAUGAUGCAAAAAUA